AUGUUAUUUAAGCAGGCUUCCAGGUCACUUAAAAUACCAAAACUGAAAAGAUUAGCUAAUUUGGAUUCUCAAACAUUGCGCAAAGAAAUACAACGCUCUUCUAGACUCAAUAUUAGAUAUAAGACUCUAUGGGAUCAAUAUUCCUAUUUGGUGCUUAAAAAAUCGUCUUCAUAUAACAAAUUAAAGACAGAUGCAUUCAAACCUAGUGAUAUCGCAUUAAUUUUUGAAUCAUUUUCUAAAGUAAGAGUAUCAAAUACUUAUUUUUUUAAGACCCUUUUGAAGAUUGUAAAAGAUGAAGCUGAAAAGUUUGAUUUACGCAACAUUUCGGUUCUAUUCAAUGCAUUGGCUAAAAUUGGACGUGUUGAUGAUGGAAUUUUUGAUAUUUUACUUCCUGUUGCAUUGAAUAGAAUAACAAAUACUACUUCGGAAAAGGAUUUGGCAAUACUCCUAAACGCUCUAGAACAAUUAGGGGUAGAUUUUAUGGAAAUUGCCAUAAAAUCAGCAAUUCUAUUUACUACAAGAGUAAAUUACAUGAGUAAUUGCCAAACUUUAUCUAUGCUAUUUCAUAGUUAUAGCAAAAUAUCAACUGAACUAAUGGAUGAAUCAGAUCCUAAAACUGAGCUAUUAACUCGUAUAAAAACCAUGUUAUUUGAUAGAUGUGCAAAGUUGAUUAGAGAUUUCAAAGGGUUUGAUUUUAUACUACUUUUUAGGGGUUGCAACAAUUUCUCCCAAGGUCAAAAUUUACAGCGUAUAAUUGUGAAUCGUAUUUGCAAUACUAUUACCGAAUUUAAAUCGCAUGAACUAGUAAUUAUUUAUAAUAAUAUUUAUAAAAAGUACCCCGAAAAAAUACCUCACCUAUUGAACGAAUUAUAUCACAGACUGGAUGAUUUAUCAAUCAAUCAUCUAUUCGAACUGAUACAGAUUUUGGAUAGUCAAGAAAUGAUUAGACAAUGCUUUAAUUCAAUGUCAUUAGCUAUUAAGAAACCAUGGCCAAGUAGAAAGUUUGUGGUUGAUAUAAUGGCAUGGGCGAAUUACAAUAAAUUUAUCCAUCCUACUAACGAGCAUGCAAUGUUUUUUGAGAAAUCAUUCAAUUAUAUUGGCAGUAUUAAAAUUAGUACUAUUGCAAAUAAAUCUGUUGAACGAGAAAUUCUAAAAACAGCUUCGUGGUUAAGACUAAAUUAUGGUGAUGGGAAUUCUACCAAACUUGAUUUCAACAAUCAUGCAUUUGGAGAAUCCACCAAAUUCAAAUAUGAUUAUGUGCAAAUACCUAGUGUUUCUAAAAUAUUUUAUAGCCCAAAAAUAUUUGAAAAAUAUUUACUAACGGGGAAACCUAUACGUAUUUUCUCAAUUUCUCCAGAUAAAGAUCCAUGUAUUGUCCCCAAACAAGGCAUAAUUGAUCAGUGCCUGGAAGAUUUAAAGACUUAUCUUAGUAAAGUAUAUCCAUCAGAAUAUAGUAUACAAUAUGAAAAAUUUGGCCAAUUUAAGGGGUAUAUAAUGGAGAUUAAAGGUGUAAAAUAUGCUAUCGCAUUUACAGAUGCUACUAAUGGCAAUUUUGGAUAUGAUGUCUUAUAUCAACUAAGAUUGGUUAAACAAAUGGGAUAUCGUAUUUACAACAUAUUUUUACCCAAAUAUUACAUAGAAAGAUCUAAAAAGUUAGUCAAUACUCAUUUUUCAUUGUUAUUGAUUGAUUCUAAUGAAAUAGCGAAUUUAAACAAUAUUACUGGUUCCAAUAAUGAAGUUGAAAGGAAGGUCGAGAAAGAGAUGUCGUCAAUCUCAAAAUUCAAAUGUAAAUUAGUAAAGGCAUAA